AAGGCAACAUGCAUUACAACAUUAUUAAUCAAGUAUAACAUAACUUUAUAUGAAUUAUACUUAAUUAUACCUAUAUAUAUAUCUCCUAUACCAUGCAUACAUUAAACAUGACAAGCUCUUAGUCGAUAUCAAGAAAGGAAGAAAUAAAACUUAGAACCCCAAAACAAAACAAAAAAAUGCAAACACAACACUUCUCUUCAUCUCUCUUGCUCUUGACUCUUCUUUGUUUGUCAUGGGCCUUGCUAAUCUCACCGACGCAGCUUCCAUCCCAUUCUCCGUCGCAGCCUCCAUCCUAUCCUCCGUCGCAGCCUCCAUCCCAUUCUCCGUCGCAGCCUCCAUCACAGCCUCCAACACAGCCUCCAUCACAACAAGCAAACAUAGCUUGUAAAUCCACUCCUUACCCAAAGCUCUGCCGCACGAUCCUCUCCGCCUUCAAAUCCUCACCGUCCGAUCCAUACCGUUACGGAAAGUUCACGCUCAAGCAAUGCAUCAAACAAGCACGUCGCCUCUCCAAAGUCAUCAACCGAUUUUCUCGGCGCGUGGAAAAAGAUCCCGGUGCGUCCACGGCGGAAGAGGUAAGUGCGGUGGCUGACUGCGGCGACCUGGCGGAGCUUAGCGUUGAGUAUCUCGAAACGGUUUCGGAGGAGCUGAAAGCGGCGGAGCUUAUGACGGAGGCGCUCGUUGAUCGUGUGACGAGUCUUCUCGGUGGCGUUGUGACGAACCAGCAGACGUGCCUCGAUGGUCUUGAAGACGCGAAGAGCGCGUUUGCGAUGGCCAUUGGAUCGCCGUUGGGGAAUCUCACGCGCCUUUACAGUGUGUCGUUGGGGCUUGUGAGCCACUCGCUGAACCGUAAUCUGAAGAGGUAUAAAGGAUCCAAGGGGAAAAUCUUUGGUGGUGGUAACAAAGCAGUUCGGGAACCGCUCGAGACUUUGAUUAAGGUUUUACGCAAAACAUGCGACAAGAGCAAGGAUUGUCGUAAGGGUGACAGGAAGUUAGGUGAGCUAGGGGAAACGAGCGGAGGCUCGAUCCUGGUAAGGCAAGCAGUGAUCGUCGGUCCAUAUGAAAACGACAACUUCACCACCAUAAGUGAGGCCGUUGCUGCAGCACCUAACCAUACAUUACCGGAGGAAGGCUACUUCGUAAUCUAUGCAAGGGAAGGUCUUUACGAAGAAUAUAUCGUCAUUUCGAAUAAAAAAAGGAACAUAAUGCUUAUUGGAGAUGGGAUCAACAAAACCAUCAUUACAGGAAACCACAGUUUUAUCGAUGGCUGGACUACUUAUAAUUCUUCCACCUUUGCGGUGGUCGGAGACCGAUUUGUUGCAGUUGAUGUGACGUUCCGAAACACAGCUGGACCGGAGAAGCAUCAGGCCGUGGCCGUGAGAAACAAUGCGGAUGGAUCAACAUUUUAUCGGUGUAGUUUUGAAGGCUAUCAAGAUACUCUCUACGUUCAUUCUUUGAGACAGUUUUAUCGUGAAUGCGAUAUAUACGGUACCAUAGAUUUUAUAUUCGGAAAUGCAGCUGCGGUAUUUCAAAACUGCAAUAUAUAUGCUCGAAAACCGAUGGUAAACCAGAAGAAUGCAGUGACAGCCCACGGAAGAACCGAUCCAAACCAAAAAACCGGAAUCUCCAUCAUCAAUUGUACUAUUGGAGCCGCACCGGACCUUGCGGCUGACCCGAAAUCAACCAUGACAUUCCUUGGGCGGCCAUGGAAGCCUUAUUCGAGGACGGUAUACAUACAAUCAUACAUCAGUGAUGUUAUCCAACCGGUCGGGUGGCUAGAAUGGAAUGGUACAACCGGGCUAGACACGAUCUCCUAUGGUGAAUAUGACAACUAUGGACCGGGUGCUAAUACAAGCAAGAGAGUCCAGUGGUCAGGAUAUCGCCUAUUGAACGUGGCACAAGCCAUGAACUUCACCGUGUAUAAUUUCACUUUGGGAGACACUUGGUUGCCUCAGACCGAUAUUCCCUUCUACGGCGGUUUGCUUCACACCGAAUGAAUAUACCAUAUCCAUAUUAUAUAUAUAAUUGAUAAAUGCAAUAAAAUCAUUUUUGUUAUUCGAAAUCUGAAUUUGGCGUUAGUAACUUGUUAUAUAAUAAACGGUUAUCAAGAACCUUUUUUGUUUUUUCUUACUUCAAAAUAGGAAUGUGAUUGAAUCAGUUGACGCAUAGAUAUAGAUAAUAUGAUUUUCCUGAGGGAAACAUCGCCGAAUAUAUAUUUUUCAAUAUGUAUCAUCUAAAAAUAUGUAAAUUUUCACAAAGGAAAUAAAUUGAAUUUUAUGAUGAUGCUAUAAGAAACAAAUUCAGAAACUUUGAAAGACACAAUGCAUGAAGAAAUUUGGAAGGUAAACUUGUAUGUUCGUUAGCAAACAAAUUAAAGAACGAGUAGCCAUCAACUUUUCCGAUAAAAAAAAAAAGAAUCAAAAAUCAGAUUUGAACGGAACUUUGGUCACCGGCAACCAUUUAUUGCCGUCAAUGAAGGGUUUCACUGUAAACCUAUUCGCUUCCUUCUUUGUUAAAAACGUCUUCAAACCUUUCCACUUAACCCGGUCCUUCGUGGAGGCUCCUGGCCCGACGUUUAAGUGCUCAGCGUAGAAGAUUGUGUCCGGUGCGGUAUCUCCUACCCACGGUAACCACCCUUUAGGGUUGAUAAACCCGUCCAUGAACGACUUCAUGAUCACCGUUGUAGAGAACUCCUUCCAAGGCCGGCCUAGGAACGUUUGGACACCGGUUAGGUUAUCCAAAGGCAAGAUAGAACAGUUGUGGAUAGAGAUCCCGGUGUUUUGGUUCGGAUCUUUCCUUCCCUGAGCGGUUAUGGUGUUUUGCUGGCCUUUCAUAGGACGACGAGGCAAGAUCUUGCAGUUUUGGAAGACAACCGCAGCGUUUCCGAAUAUAAAAUCAACCGUUCCAAAGAUGUGACACUCGCGGUAAAACUGUCGUUGUGCAUGAGCGUAGAGCGUGUCUUGGAAAGCGUCCAUGGUGCAUCUGUAGAACACGGUUAAGUCCGCACUCGCCAUUAGAGCUACGGCUUGGUGCUUGGCUGGACCAGCACUGUUUUGGAAACCCAUAUCCCUAGCCAUGAACCCCUUUCCAAACACAGCGAAAGUGGCGGUUUGGAACGUUGGGGUUCCAUCGAUAAAGUUGAGUCCAGCAGAGACAAUAGUUUUACUCUGUCCGUCUCCAACCAUCACAACAUUCCAUUUCUUUUUCUCGACCCUAACAUUCUCGAAGUAAGUUCCUUUCUUCACAUAUAUAAUCGUACGCUUCUCAUUCUUCUCCUCCACUUCCUCUAAAGCCUCGCUUAUCGUCCUAUACUUCCCCGACCCAUCUUUAGCCACCACGAUCGUCGCGAUCUUCCUCAAAUCACCGCUCUCCAAAAGCCUCCGACCUUCCAUCAUCGCCAAGUCAAGGGUGCUGACUUCACCGUACGCCAUCAAACGACGACGUCUCAGCUUGACCGAGUCAGCUAUUUUGCCUAGCCACGUUAUGAUCGCUAACGCAUUGCUCGUCAUCUCCGUCGAGUUUUUCAGAUGGGUUUCUCCGAAAUUCGUCGAGUUCGGGUUGUUCGUUUCCACCAACGCUUCCAUACACGUUUCUUGGUACGUUUCCACGGAGCUAAGCCACGUCCUAAGAUCCGACGUCGCUUUUGACGUCGUCGUCUCGUUGAGCUGGUCAACGGCUAGUCCGAGAAGCUCCACGCAAGCUCCCAUUGCUGCUGACGUGGCGUUGUCCGUUUUUUCCCGGUUUGAGAAUCCGUCGAGAACUUUUGAGAGCUCCGUGAUCGUGAUGUUGACGGCGUAGUUGAAAAGUUCCUCCGGGUUUGAUCGGCUCCCGUUUGGAGCCGAUCCAACGGUCUCAAUACAUUUGUCUUUGUGCAAUGUCAAGUCGCACAAGGCUGAGAUGGAGAAUGAGUCUCCGUUGCCCUCCUUCGACGACGGUUUCUUGCCGUUACCGUUAGCUGCGGUUCCUACGACGGCUCCGACCACGAUGCAGACGAGAACGAUGGAAGAUAUAGCGACAAUUGCGAGUCUCUUUUUCGUCCUCCGGCUGGCCUCCAGUUUCGCUUGCUCAUACUCGUCGAGUUUGCCGUAGGAGGACAUUUUGGUAAUUUCCUCCUAUAUAUGGGGCCUCCCAAUAUGAUAGAUAUAUUGUAGAUUUG